CCUGACCUCCACUCAAUACCUUAGUCCUUACUCCUUAGAGCUCAUUUUCCAUAGGAAUGAGUGAAGCCCAAUCCAUCGCAUCAUCGUCUUCCUUCUCCUGAACGGUGUGAGAACUGAGAAGAGCAGGCAGAGGAAGGAAACGGAGAAGAAAGCCGCUGAGCUCGAGGUGGAAGAAGAAAAAAUGGCAGGCAGUAAAUUCUCCUACAGAUCCAGAUCCCCAAUCUUCCUAUUCUUCAUCGCCGCCAUCUCUCUUCUCCUUCUGCUCUUCCUUUUCUCAUCCUCCUCAUCUUCUCCUCCUUCCUCCCCUGAACUUCCCACCGCCGUCUCUUCCCGCCGGCCUGAAACCUCCUUCGUCACUUCCCUACACAACUUCCUCUCCCGCCCCAUCCCUCCCGACGCCGGCGAAAACGGUGGCCACGGCGCUCCCGCCGCCUUAGACGACGCCGUCUUCCUCCGCGAGACCGACCGAAUAUACCGUCCCCAGAACCCUAAUUACCCGCUCGAUUUGCCGAUCAGGGUUUACGUGUACAACAUGCCACACAAAUUCACCUACGAAUUGCUUCGAUUGUUUGCCACAACUUAUCGAGACACCAACAACCUCACCUCCAAUGGCAGCCCUGUUCAUCGACUCAUCGAGCAGCACUCGGUCGACUAUUGGCUUUGGGCCGAUUUGAUAUCUCCUCAGUCGGAGCGGCCACUGAGGAACAUUGUGAUCAGAGUUGAUCACCAGGAAGAUGCCGAUCUGUUCUACAUUCCUUUCUUCACGACCAUCAGCUUCUUCUUGCUGGAGAAGCAGGAUUGCAAGUCGCUUUAUAGGGUCUGUCUGCUGCUGUAGGAAGCUCUGAAAUGGAUAACAGAACAGCCUGCUUGGAAGAGGUCUGAAGGGAGGGAUCACAUACUUCCUGUGCAUCAUCCAUGGUCGUUCAAGUCGGUUCGUAGAUACGUGAAGAAGGCUAUUUGGUUGUUACCGGAUAUGGAUUCCACGGGGAACUGGUAUAAGCCAGGACAAGUUUACCUGGAGAAGGACUUGAUCCUGCCUUAUGUCGCCAAUGUUGAUCUAUGUGAUGCAAACUGCCUGUCUGAAACUGAAUCAAAGAGGAAAACCUUGCUGUUUUUCAGGGGACGGCUCAAGAGAAAUGCUGGUGGGAAGAUACGUGCUAAGCUAGUUGCAGAACUAAGUGGAGUUGAAGAUGUGAUAAUACAGGAGGGCACAGCUGGUGAGAGAGGAAAAGAAGCAGCUCAAAAUGGCAUGCGCAAGUCCAUCUUCUGCUUGAAUCCAGCUGGAGACACUCCAUCAUCUGCAAGGCUAUUUGAUGCGAUUGUCAGUGGAUGCAUUCCAGUCAUAGUUAGUGAUGAGUUGGAGCUUCCUUUCGAAGGAAUUCUUGACUACAGAAAGGUAGGCACCCCUCUAUUUGUUGAAAUGGGAAAGCUAUGUUGUGAAGAUGCGUAGAUGAUAAUCAACAGCAUCAAAAUGCUGAGCUGACCUCCAAAGUUGAACAAAAACCUUGUCUGUUUGGUUUAUCUUGUUUACAAGUUCAGUUUCUCACAAGGGUUUUCAUCCAACCUAAAUGGUGGUUGAAUUCACUUUGCUCCUACUUUGUCAAUGCUGAUAGUGAAUACCGAAAUACAAACUGUUAGGCAAGUGAAUGUAUUAUGGCAGUUUGUUUUCGCGUCUCAGAGUGGUAGUUUUGAUCGCUUGCUUUCUUGCUUACUCGUACAUCCAAAGUUUUGCUUGAAUGCAGAUAGCUCUGUUUGUUUCUUCGGGUGAUGCUUUACAAUCAGGUUGGCUACUGAAGUUCUUAAGAGGUGUCAGUCGUGCUGAGAUAAAACAGAUGCAAGCAAACCUUGCCAAGUACUCGAGGCAUUUUGUGUACUCAAGUCCAGCUCAACCAUUGGGUCCUGAAGACUUGGCCUGGAGAAUGAUUGCCGGUAAAGUGGUGAAUAUUAAGCUACACACUCGAAGAUCUCAGCGGGUGGUGAAGGAGUCCAGAAGUAUCUGUACCUGUGAUUGCAGACGGCCGGCUGCCAACGUUACCGUACAAGUCCGAUAACCGGCGGCUGGCCUCCCUGCAUCCGUCCGUUCUGCUAACAGAUUGCUCAUUCAGUGGCAAGUCAGAUCCUUCUACUGCCCAUACAUACUCGGACUUAACUUGCUUCUUUUGAUCUUCGUGUUUAGCUUUUCAUUUGAUCCACUAUUAUUCAGUUCUGUUACUUUACAAAAUAUUUGGUCUUAUCUACCACUACCAGUUCCAAUCUUCUGUGGUUAAUUUAUAAUAGUUCAUCUUACCGGUUUAAUUUUAGGUACGAUUUUUUUAUACAGAUAUUGGAAUAAAUCGGAUCCAAGUUCACUGAUAAAAAGUAGUCAUAGGAUUAUCAAAAAUAAAAAGCAGUCAUAGAAAGGAAGCAAUCUGAUUAGUUAACUGAUUAAUGCUUCUGCAUUUUAUUUAUGUGGUUCAUUCGGUAAUAGGCUAGCUCACUAGCUUGUACUCCCAUGCCUAGUCGGAGUGUUACAUACAUAGCUCGUUUGUGCGAUGAAGCUAUACUUAAUAGCCUUCACCAAUCCCUCCGCCGCCACGGCCGCCGCCGAAACCUCCACCUCCUCCUUUCCCUCCACCAAAGCCACCACCAGCUCCACCUCCGCUACCGCCACCAGCUCCACCUCCAAAGCCGCCGCCGGACCCUCCUCCAGCUCCUCCUCCAAAGCCACCACCACCUCCAAAUCCUCCACCUUUGCCUCCUCCGGCACCUCCACCACCUCCAAAUCCUCCGCCUUUGCCUCCUCCAGCGCCUCCACCUUUGCCGCCUGCGCCUCC